CCCUGGCCAAUGACAGCCCACCAGUGGAGCUCAGCCCACUACUCGGAACCAGCCUCCGGGGGCUGCGAUGGGACGGGAGCCAUGAAUGGUGCCGCCCCCGGCCCCGCCGCCGCCGCCGCCGCCCCGGUCCCGGUUCCGGUCCCGGACUGGCGGCAGUUCUGUGAACUGCACGCGCAGGCGGCCGCCGUGGAUUUCGCGCACAAGUUCUGCCGUUUCCUGCGGGACAACCCGGCCUACGACACGCCCGACGCCGGGGCCUCCUUCUCCCGCCACUUCGCCGCCAACUUCCUGGACGUGUUCAGCGAGGAGGUGCGCCGCGUGCUGGUGGCCGGGCCGGCGCCCCGGGGAGCGGCCGAGCCCCCAGGCGCCAUGGACCCCGAGCCCUCGGGGCCCCCGGCGCUCAAAGCCGCGCCCUACGGCCACUCGCGGAGCUCCGAGGACGUGUCGGCGCACGCGGCGGCCAAGGCCCGCGUCCGCAAGGGCUUCUCGCUGCGCAAUAUGAGCCUGUGCGUGGUGGACGGCGUGCGCGACAUGUGGCACCGGCGCUCCUCGCCCGAGCCCGACGCCGCCCCUCGGGCCGCCGAGCCCCCAGCUGAGCCGCGCGACAAGUGGACGCGGCGUCUGCGGCUGUCGCGGACGCUAGCGGCCAAGGUGGAGCUGGUGGACAUCCAGCGUGAGGGCGCGCUGCGCUUCAUGGUGGCCGACGACGCGGCCGCGGGCCCCGGGGGCGCCGCCCAGUGGCAGAAGUGUCGCCUGCUCCUGCGCAGGGCCGUGGCAGGCGAGCGCUUCCGCCUAGAGUUCUUCGUGCCGCCAAAGGCCUCGAGGCCCAAAGUCAGCAUCCCUCUGUCGGCCAUCAUUGAGGUCCGCACCACCAUGCCCCUGGAGAUGCCGGAGAAAGACAACACGUUCGUGCUCAAGGUGGAGAACGGAGCAGAGUACAUCCUGGAGACCAUCGACUCCCUGCAGAAGCACUCGUGGGUAGCUGACAUCCAGGGCUGUGUGGACCCUGGGGACAGCGAGGAAGAUGCCGAUCUCCCCUGUGCCCGGGGAAGCUGUCUGGCCAGCCGUGUGGCCUCUUGCAGCUGUGAGCUCCUGACGGAUGCAGCGGACCUGCCCCGGCCCCUAGAGACAACGGCAGCCGUGGUGACAGCCCCACACAGCCGAGCUCGAGAUGCCGUCGGGGAGUCCCUGGUCCAUGUCCCGCUGGAGACCUUCCUGGAGACCCUGGAGUCCCCAGGUGGCAGCGGCAGUGACAGCAAUAACACAGGUGCAGAUGGAGCAGAGCCGGAGCCCGAGGCUGAGCCCGAGCUGGAGCUCUCUGACUACCCCUGGUUCCACGGGACACUGUCACGGGUCAAGGCAGCUCAGCUGGUUCUGGCAGGCGGGCCCCGGAGCCACGGCCUCUUCGUGAUCCGCCAGAGUGAGACUCGGCCUGGGGAGUACGUGCUGACCUUCAACUUCCAGGGCAAGGCCAAGCACCUGCGCCUGUCCUUGAACGGCCACGGGCAGUGCCAUGUGCAGCAUCUGUGGUUCCAGUCUGUGCUCGACAUGCUCCGUCACUUCCACACCCACCCCAUCCCGCUGGAGUCCGGGGGCUCUGCAGACAUCACCCUUCGCAGCUAUGUGCGGGCCCAGGGCCCCCCACCUGACCCGGGGCCCUCGCCCGGCGCCGCGCCCGCGCCCCCCGCGGGCUGGAGCGAGCCGGCCGGCCAGCACUACCUCUCCAGCCUCGCCGCGACCGCCUGCCCGCCCGCCUCGCCCUCGGAGGCCGGCGGCGCCUCGUCCUCAUCCGCCUCGUCGUCCUCGGCAGCGUCUGUGCCCGGCGCCUCGCGCCCCGUCGAGGGCCCGCUGAGCGCGCGCAGCCGCAGCAACAGCGCAGAGCGCCUGCUGGAGGCGGCGGGCGGGGGCGCCGACGAGCCCCCAGAGGCCGGGCCGGGAGAGGGCGCCCGGGGCCGCACGCGCGCCGUCGAGAACCAGUACUCCUUCUACUAG